CGUAUUUUAAAUUAUUUUAAUUGUUGAGAGAGAAGAAAAGAAUAUUCAGCUAGUUUAAAUUCUCACGUUGUUUGGUUUCGCGUUGAAAUUUAAAUGCCAAAUAUGCAACGAGGCUGACUCGAAUGAUCGUUGAACACAUUACCGAGACUCAUCGAUAUCGUCGUUAUAAUCGUAACAUUGUUAUGGUGAUUAUUGUGCUAAAUAAAUGUGGAGAUAUCUGCUAGUGAGUAAAUGCGGCAGCCGAGAUAUUAACGACGUCUAACGAUACACGCGUGCCCGCAGCUCAUGGUAGUGCAGGUGAACUUGAACCUAGACGUUACAGGUGUUCUACAAGCAGCUGCUUGAAUUUUUCGAUUGUUGUUUCGAACUGUAAAUAUGAAGGUUUAAAUUAUUGAAGUGAGACGAUUUUCUUUAAAUCUUAUAAUUGUGUAUUUUUUCACACAUCGUUGACAGUAGAUUAUAUAAUCCUCACAACGAUGAACAUUGUCGACUUUUAAAGUUUUCGCAAAAACAACGUCUUCCUUGUGUAAUACAUAAAGAAGUUAAAAAGUAAAUAAAAUUACCACGAUGCUCGUCUCCAGGUCGUUAAUUAACACCGGAAGGAACGCUGCUAAUCCAUCGUCUGCGAAUCUUCACUUCAAAAUGCAUUCGUUUCUUCUGAUGUUGGCUUGCGCUCUAUUGACGAAUAAUUCAUCGGGGCAUCCCAUGCCGGAGGAGGAUGCUUCCGCUUCCGGUAUUGUGACAAUCGAUAAUCAGUCUACGACACAGCCGCCGAGUGUACUAGCGAUAACAGAAUUGAUCGCGAGUAUUAUCGACGACGUUAAACCGGCAACUGAUAUAUUGCCUGUGCAAAUAUCCUUUUCGGAUGUACCUGUUCACACCGAGAGUAAGCUUGGAUCGUCGGUACUUCUUCCAUGCAGGACUGUAAAUCCGGUUGCAGAAUGCCAAUGGUCCUGGCAGCCAUUGCCGCCGCGACAUUUACCGUUGCCCGACAUGAGCGACAUACCGACAAUAUCCACCAUAACGCCAGAUGACCAAAAUUCGUCGAAGGCAUCAGCACCGUUGACGCAAUCUGUACCAGUACGAAAAUUUCCGGCAUUUGGAAACAACAGUAACGACUGCUCGGUGCGGUUUUCAAGCGCUAAACACGAACAGGCUGGAUACUGGACUUGUGCCGUUCGAGAGUCAAACUCGGCAGAACUUAUAAGCACGGAACCAGCAAAGUUGACGAUAAUUAGCAACGAUCACGAGCUGCCGAUUACUUUCAUCCAGCGUCCGACAGUCGUAGAAUCCCCUGUUGGAUCUUCAACUCAAAUAACGUGCAGAACUGAAACCCCGGUGAAAGAGUGCCAGUGGUCAUGGCGGCAGCUGAACCAAUCCCAGCCCUGGAAUUUGGAAGUUAAAAGGUUCCCAGCGUUCGGCGACGACAGCCGUGACUGCAGUAUAAAAUUCAAAAACGUGUUACCGGAGCAGGAAGGAUUCUGGACUUGCGGCGCACGCGUCAAUCCAAAUUCAACUUUCGCGCAAUCGAGUCCCAUUAGUUUCCUCAUCUCGGAAGUCGAAUUUGUCCAACUUUCUCGCGACAUACAAAUAGCUGCCGGUGAAACCGUACUGCUCAGAUGUUCAUUAAACAAACCAGUUGUGCAGUGCGAGUGGUCGUGGAAACCGAGCAAUUCCAGCAAAAAUCCCACCACCGUGAAGAAAUUUUCACCGAGCAAAGACAGCGAUCACGAUUGUUCGGUGAGGUUCAAAAAUAUUCUUUACGAAGAAGAGGGUCUGUGGACUUGCGGGGUCAGGUUAACACCGGAUGGUGUUUUGCAUGAGGCUCCUCCUGCUGUCGUGACGCUCUUACCACCAGCCAAAGUGAGCUUCGUUGAGACGCCGGAAGACACGUCAGUGCCAAUUGGUACCGAGGCAAAUUUAAGCUGCGUAACGAAUGUCAGAGUCGAGAAAUGUGCCUGGACUUGGAAACCACUCAUUGGUAGCGACGCUGAGACUGUCGUUGAAGAAUUCGCGAGCAAGGGGGACUUGGGUCGCGAUUGCAGCCUCUCGCUGCCCCAGGUCUACAGGGAGCAACAAGGCUUGUGGGCUUGUCAAGUCUACUUACCAUCUCCAAACGCAAUGCAGUCUUCACCCUUGGUCAAACUUACCGUAUUUGAAGUUGACGAGGUGAAGUUCUCCGAGUUGUCGCAGGACAUUCAAAUAUCGUCCGGUGGUAGCGUCCUCUUGCGGUGCGUUACCUCGUCAGGGGUGGAGCAAUGCCGAUGGUCGUUGACGCCGGAAAAUUCGAAUACAACAGUGGUCGUUAAACAAUUUCCUGCAGCUGGUAUCGAGAGCAGAGAUUGCAGUGUGCGGCUCAGUCACGCUCUUGCCGAACAAGAGGGGCUUUGGACUUGCGGUGCGAGAAUACGUGGUCGUCAAAAUUACACGGAUGCACCCCCAGCAAAGCUGAGUUUGCUUCAACCAGAACCAGUGAUGGUAGCGCUGUGGACAACACCCCAUGAAAAGAUUAGUCUAGCUUGCCGAUUACGACCGGUGCCUCCGAAAGCUCAAUGCCAUUGGCUUCACUCUCCAAAUGUUCAUCUGCGUCAAACUAACUCAACUAAAAAUUCAAGAUACGCUGUCCAAAUGAAUUACACCAGCGGACUUUGCGUGUUGCAAUUCAAGCUCGACGAUCAUGACCUCGGCGAAUGGACGUGCAGAUUUACCGGCGGCAACGCGCACGGAAAUACAGAAUUGGGAUCAGCCUCGGUGGUGCUUUUGAGCAUUUCAACAGAUGCCAGAUUCGCCUGGAUAGUCGGUGCGUUAACGUCACUAAUAUUAUUCUUGAUGAUCAUAGUCGUGGUUUUGGUGGUAUGCCGAACGCAUAUAUUUAUUAAACGAACACCAAAAAUACUCGAGACGAUGAAAGCUGACCAAAGAAAUAGGAAUAACAGCGAAUCCGCGGACCGCUACACCGAGGGACCUAACAAAAUCAAUUUUCAGUUCAGCGAACAAGGUUUACAGGAUUUGGAAAGCAUCAAUAACAAACGAAGUUCGGCCUCAAACGAAGGGCCGAAAAGACGAAACGAGAUAUACGAAAACAUUGCCGAAAGUUAGGAGGUUUUUUUAUCUCGUGUAAUAAAUAAAUUGUUGAUGAUUUGUUGAAAAGAUUUUAUUAUCGUUAUUAUCGUUACUGACAUAUGUAUGUAUAUAAUAUAUAUUAAUUUUCCAUUUAAUUUCUUAAAACUAUGCAUAAAGCAACGUAACCAUUGUAAAAUUGGUCGUCACUAUUGUAAUUGGCAAUAUUUAUUGCUGUAAGAAAUAUUUUAGACUUUUCUAAGUGCAUAAGAGAGAAGGAAUUGUUCUUUCAAUGUUAAUACGUUUAAGUGGCUAAUAAGUACGUUUACAUCCAGUCUAAUUAAAAAUAAUGCAACAGUGUAGGGUUUUGUAUAGGUCGCAUGAGUAAAACCGCGCCAAAAAUUUCCUGCUUUCAAAUAUUAUUCAGGGUAUUUCCUAUUAUUAUCAUUGUAUCGAUAUAAAAUAUAAUUGUUGAUUUCUUUCCUAAUAUUAUCAUUAUCGUCGUUAACACUGUUAUGUUAAAUUUAAUCUUAUUAUACCUAAGGCACGUUUACUUCCCUCGCUCUCUAUUUGCUAUUUCUUUGGGGAAGGGGAGGAGGAGGGAAGGUGAGAGAAUUUCAAUAUGUGGACGGAGAUGAAACAAGCCGAAAGGCGAGUCGAUUAGGUAGUUAUUUUCCACUAUUCUAAAUCUUAAUUUCAUUUUUAAUCUUUACAAACUGUUCGAAAAUAACGAAGUUGAACUGUAUACUGUGAAGGGAUUAGCAGUUUGAAAUUUUGUCUUGUUACAGUGAGAUGGUUUUGGUUUGUUUCCAGUUUGUUACAUUUUUGAAAUCCCUUUGGAUAAUAUUUUCUCGGGAAGACGCGUAAAGUUACGAAUUUA